AUGACAGAUACUGGGAAUGUAUCGCGUACGAAGCGGGUGAAAAGGGACAAUCAUGAUUUAUACGGGGCUGUUCUUUACAUGAUAAAGCUAUCUGAGCGUUGGAACAUGGUCAUAACCACAAGAGCAGAAAGAUUUUAUGUGGAUCAACUUGGAGGUCAAUCUUUUUGGCAAAUGCCUCGGUUGAAUGGAGAUGAUAAAAGUUUGAUGGUUGCGUAUGAGAAGUUGUCAGAGAUCAAAGAUUUGGUCAUUUGUUUACUUGGAAUGAUCCGUGGUGUUCGAGUCAGCAAAGUUGUGUCUGAAAAGGUUCGCCAGAUGCUUGGCAUACCAGCAGAAGUAAUUGAACAUCGAAAGCGGAGUGAUUCUCGGGUUGAAGAAAUGAGAGAAGUGGAGAAUGAAGAGCUCGCUGAAGAUGAUCAACGCGAUGUUGAUACAGACAUCAACGGUGAUGAUGACAAUGACAACGAUAGUGACGGAGAUGAGAAUGAGUUCGCAUUGGGGCUUUCUGAUUUAGACGAUUUGGUGAGUGAGGAAGAGAAUGAUAUAAAAACUCUUCAGGUUGAUUCAAGUGACCCAUCAGCCUUGUUAUCAGAGAUUGAUGAUCCUCAAACUUUUGAAUACUUAGAGCGGUACAGCAACCUGGUGAACAUAGUUGAAAUUGAACGAGCACGAGGAAACAAAGAAGACGUUCCUGUCAAAGCAGCGGUUGGGUUUGUGCAAACUUUGGAAGAGCUGCGAGUAGAUGCAUAUUCUUCCUAUGAUCUUGAAAUCAACGAUAUCAUAGAGAACCCAAAUUAUGUGGUACGUGGUUGCCAUAAUUUAAGCUCCAGGGCACGUAGGUCUCUUUGGGAUGAAUAUUGCCGAGUACAUGGCUCUUUGGAAUUCGGAGAACAGGAAAUCUUAUCCGAGAAAAUUGACAUCUUCAAGGCAGACACUCCGGAGUCACAGUUUGCGGUGAGCUUGAAAACGUACAAGGCCGCUAAGAUCCCUAAAUUCUACACAGAUUACAACAGACAGCGCAUGAGGAAGGCGAAGGACGAUAGCAAUGACACAUACCCGGAGUUGUGCAAACAGGUGCCACUUAAUGUGCGGCAGACUCUCUAUAACAAAUGGGUCGAGUUUGCCAAACUGUCAGAGGAUGUUCGUGAGAGUAAAGUUUUGAAAGGACUAGAAAAAGUACAAAAGCCCGGAAUGGCAUUGCGAGAGGCAAUAGAAGUUGUAAAACAGAAGAAAAUUCUCGAUAGUUUUGACUGCUUCUUUAUAGACAGUUCAAGUUUGGUAAAACUUGAACAGGGCAUUUGA